AAACGUCAAGAAAGUAUUAGAAGUGCGGGCGUCGCGACGCUUUGGACACGUGCCUCCCACGACACGAGGUCGGGGUGUGCGUAUAAAGCAGACGCGCAACCGAAUUCUCUCUAGCUCUGAUACUGUGUUUAUUAGAACAGAGUGCGUUGACUUCUCCAAUGCGAGGUUUCAUUAAUUAUUAUGCGUAUUUUUUUGUGAGGAUCGUCCCCCUGCAUCUGCCCAGUUAGUCCUUACAAAGAGAUGCCGAAUCCGACGUUGGAUCACUCGCCGAACGCGGCUAUCAACAAAACCGUCAGCAAGAAGUUCCUGGACCUGCCCGUUCCCGAUGGAAAAGUGCAGGCCAUGUACAUUUGGAUCGACGGCAGCGGGGAGAAUUUGCGCGCGAAAACUCGCACCUUGGAUUUCAUCCCGGAGAAUCCGGAAGAGUUACCCAUUUGGAAUUUCGACGGGAGUUCGACGAAGCAGGCCGAAGGCAUGAAUUCGGACGUGUACCUUUAUCCGGUGGCGAUCUAUAGGGAUCCCUUCAGGCGUGGGAAUAACAAGCUGGUGCUUUGCGAGACUUACAAGUACACCAAGAAACCGACCGAAUCGAACCGAAGACACAGCUGCUUGAAGGUGAUGCAGGCGGCGGCCGAUCACAAGCCGUGGUUUGGAAUCGAACAGGAAUACACUCUGCUGGACAUGGACUUGCGACCGCUGGGUUGGCCCAAACACGGUUUUCCUGGACCUCAGGGGCCUUAUUAUUGUGGGGUCGGCGCUAAUAAAGUGUACGGCCGUGACAUCGUAGAAGCCCACUAUCGUGCCUGCCUCUACGCGGGGAUUAACAUUUCGGGCGAGAACGCCGAGGUGAUGCCGGCCCAGUGGGAGUUCCAGGUCGGUCCCUGCGAGGGCAUCCAGAUCGGCGAUCAGCUCUGGAUGGCGAGAUUUCUUUUGCAUCGCGUCGCCGAGGAAUUCGGCGUCAUAGCGACAUUGGAUCCCAAGCCGAUGGAGGGCGAUUGGAACGGAGCCGGCGCUCACACGAACUUUUCGACGAAAUUAAUGCGCGAGGAUAAUGGAAUCAUCGAAAUUGAGAAAGCGAUCGACAAACUGAGCAGACACCACAUCAGACACAUACAGGCCUACGAUCCUAAAGGGGGCAAGGAUAACGAACGUAGAUUGACCGGAAGGCACGAAACAUCCUCGAUACACGAUUUCAGUGCAGGUGUCGCAAAUCGUUCGGCCAGCAUAAGAAUACCGCGCGGUUGUGCCGAAGACAAGAAGGGCUACCUAGAAGACAGACGGCCAGCAUCCAACUGUGAUCCAUACUCAGUCGUUGAGGCUUUGGUACGAACAUGCGUAUUAGACGAAUAAACUCAAUUAAUAAAGAAAACUUGUUCCUCAAAGUCGUCUUUCAAAGCACAUUAGCGAAUGACAAAAAACAAAACAAAAUAUUCUCUUCUUUUUAUUCGGUAUUUUUAUGACUUAAGACGCUUUCGGCAAAUAUUCAAUGAUUAAAUGAGAAUUGAAAAAAAGGAAAAAUUAUUUUAUCGUAGUAAAGUAUGAAUUAGGUAGAUUUGCACAAAAUGAAAAAUCUUGUGGUGUUCAAAGUAGGUAGGUUACGUAGUUUGUAAAUAAACUGUUGAUCAAAUUUUGAGAAGUAGUCAAAUAAGGUUUUCUAUUUUUGUACAUAUUCUGCGUAUACAAAUCAUAUCAAAAUUUUCAAUGAAAGUUCUCGUUAUGUUAAUAUAAGAGUAUUCUAAGUGCAUGUGAGGCAUUAUCCAAAACGCACGCUAUGUAUAAGUAUGUAAUUAGCUACGAUCAUUACAUUUAUAUUAUAUUUUAUUUUGAAUUGUUAAGGAAAUAAAACUGAUCUGUUUUAAUUGAG